ACAGCGGUGAGCAAGGACGUAAGAUUUCUCUCUGCGCUGAACUGGAGAGCGAUAAUGAAUACAUAGAAGCACGUUCAUAGCAACGGCAGGAAGAGGAACUUUAUUUCAAAGUCAUAAUGUCUCGCUUUGGCAAUACGUUAUCAGUCGACACAGAGAUGUCAGCCGUAAACAGCAAUCGAGCUUCGAGAGUGCAUUUUGAAGACCCCGUUGACGAGGGAGACGACACAGACCUCGUAUCCAAGAAGAACAAAACUCGCUAUUGGUCGAAAGGGGAACGGCGGUACAGCGAGGCAGAGAAAGCUUUUCUUAGUAGAGUUAGGAUAAGGUCUGUUGUGGGGCAUAGUAGAGAGAAGAAGUUCGGGUGUUUGAAGUAUUUUGAUCCGGGAGAGGACAGAGUUUAUUUAUGGCUUUUAGUGGUUACUGCAGCGGUUCUUUACAAUAUAUGGACUAUCAUCCUACGCACGGCUUUCUCUCAACUCAACAAAGACCUCUUCAUUAUGUGGAUAGUUCUAGACUACACUUGUGAUAUAAUUUACGUCGGCGACGUCAUUGCCAGCAUGAGAACAGGUUUCUUAGAAGAAGGGAUUCUUCAAACAAACAAUCGUAAAAUUCGAAAACACUAUUUUCGCUCGGCCUCUUUCUAUCUGGACGCCGCUUCUAUCAUUCCUCUUGACUUCUUGUAUAUUUUCGUCGGUCUGAAUCCAGCUGUACGGCUCAACAGGAUCAUCAAAUUCCAUCGGUUUUGGCACUUUUUGGACCGGACUGAGAGCAGGACAACUCUUCCUAAUGUAAUUCGCAUCGCGUCUUUAGUUCAUUUUAUCCUGAUGAUUAUCCACUGGAAUGCGUGCAUCUAUUUCAUGGUUUCGCAGGCGAUUGGUUUCGGGACAGAUAGCUGGGUGUAUCCCGGUACCCAAGCUCAAAUGGGACCUAAUAGUACCUACAAUUCUCUCUCGCGGCAGUAUAUCUAUUCAUUUUAUUGGUCGACGCUAACCUUGACGACGAUAGGUGAAGUAACGCCUCCUCAAACAACAGUGGAAUACGUCAUUGUCACCUUUGAUUAUUUGAUUGGUGUACUGUUAUUCGCAACAAUUGUCGGUAACGUGGGCAACAUCAUCACCAACCUGAACGCAACCAGACUCGACUUUCAAAACAAAAUGGACGGCGUAAAAGCGUACAUGCGGUUUCACAAAAUACCCCAAGAUCUUCAGAAACGGGUUAUCAAAUGGUUUGACUAUCUGUGGACGUACAAGAAGCACCCUGAUGAAGAGGAGAUUCUUCUUUCGUUACCUGAUAAACUUCGUGCUGAAAUUGCCAUUAAUGUGCAUCUUGACUCACUGAGAAAGGUGACGAUAUUCCAGGACUGCGAGUCGGGCUUUCUGUGUGAGUUGGUCUUACGGCUACGUUCACAGCUCUUCUCGCCCGGAGAUUAUGUUUGUCGCAAGGGAGAAGUUGGACGAGAAAUGUACAUCGUCAAUCGAGGCAAACUAGAAGUGGUUUCAGAAAGAGGAACCAAGAUCUAUGCCGUUCUCGAGGCCGGUAGUUACUUCGGUGAGAUCAGUGUCCUUUGUAUGAGUAGCGCAGGAAAUCGUCGCACUGCUUCGGUUCGAUCAGUGGGCUACACAGAACUUUUCUGCUUGUCUAAAAACGAUCUCACGGAAGUUCUGAAUGAAUACCCAAUUAUCAAAGAAGAGAUAGAGAAGAUAGCGAAAGAGAAGCUAGAAAACGAUAAGAGACGAACAAGCAUGGCGUUCAGCCGGACGGAAGUUGGUAAGAGAGACACGUCGGAAGGAUCCAUGGUCGAUGAUAACGUCGUGACAAAAAUGAUCGAAAAAAUUGAAAAACUCGAAGCGGAUAAAGAAGACCUUUCGACAAAACUACAAAAGCAGAAAAGUGAAUAUGACGAGAGACUUGUUACCUUGGAAACGGCGUUGUCUGAACUUUUAAGGAAACGUUCGAAUGAUGAAUCUUCUCCUUCACCUUCUCUUAAGACAUCCAGUGAAUCUAUUUGGAAAAAAAGAUAGCUGGACCCACUUAUUCUAUUUAGUAAAUUUUAUUCUGUCUGUCCGUCCACCUAUUUGUUCUGUCUGUCUGUCUGUCUGUCUGUGACUGUCGUAUUUGACGUCUUAUUGCGGUAGCCUCUUACAGUCAACUCUUGUUACAGCGGACACCCUCGGGACCGUCAUUCCAACUUCGUAAUAGCGAGCGUCCGUAAUAGCGAAAAUUAUUUACGUCAUUUCUUUGUCAGUAUUUUUGUCGGGUAUUUUUUUCUCCUGUCCGUAAUGGCAAGGUGUCCGUAAUAUCGGGGUGUCCGCAAGGCGAGAGUUGACUGUAGUCCUGUAUCUCUACUCCUUUGUCACUAUCUCUCUGCUAUCUGUCUGUUUGUCUGUCUGUCUGUCUGUCUGUCUCUCUAUCCGAGUGUCUUUCUAUAUGCACAAAAAUCUCACUUCAAAACUAGAACUACACUUUUUCAAUUCAAACUUCUCAAUACAGCAUGACGUUAUUCAUAUUCCGAACAAAUUUUUAAAGGACUCGAGACCUAUUUGAUUACAUACGGCAAUAGUGAAGAGACUAUAGUUAGCCACGAUACUAAGGGGGAGGGUGAUAGAAAUGUUCAGUUGAGGCUUUGAAAAAGGGGCAAAUGAGAUUGCAGUAUUCGUACUUUAUCAAGAAUAUUGAUGAAUAAUUACCAAAAUGGUAAAAAGACAAUGGUAUGGCGGCCAUGUUGGUGGAAUUAACAAGACAGAUUAAUUCGUCAAAAAUAUUGCUAUUUUGAGACUUUUACCGAGGGUGUCAAAAAAUGGCGGCCAUGUUGGAGGGAAAUGAGAAGUCAGUCGACCAACAUGGCGGUGCAAAAUGUGCUAUUUAUAAUCGAAGUUAUAGAUUACAACGCCUCCCCAACAAGAAGACUCCGUAAACUUUUCUAUAAACUCGUGCGUCUUCACAUGUUAAUGGUUGUUAUGGAAACCUUGUACAUUGUCAUAGGAACGCGGGCAACCUCAACCUCAGAAUAGACCUUCGUACAACUAGUAAAACUUUAUUUUUAUUUUCUGAACAUUUAAAAAUCUAAAUCUAACUAUUUUGCGUUAUUUACAAUGUUAUGAUGAAUUUUAAGGCCCCUUUAUUUCGGCAAAUGAAGAUUUUUUAUUUCCCCUGAUAGUAAGUUUAAUAAAACGAUAUGUACAUGGCGCGUAUGUGUACAGGUUUAUACUGAUAUUCCUACCCUGGCAAACUUUUUUCCCAUUGGUCUACGGUAGUAUGAAUGUAAUAAGAACUUAAAAUGCUCAGAUGCAAAAUAAAUUAUCUUCCAGGUUCCAAUUUUAAA